ACUCUCCGCUUGGCUCUGCUUUUCUGAUUGUAUGGUGCCAGCCUAUCUGAAGCUACUGCGAUAGAAAAGCCGAGUAAUACGUCGCAUUUUGGCGUUUGGAAAAACUGGAAAAUAAAAAAUAUAUAUUUUAUUGUAGAUCGAUUCUACACGUUUUGUUAUAUAGUAUAAGGCAGAACAGAUAAGAAGAAACUGUGCUAGAAGGGAGAGGAAGGGUGAAAAAUAAUGGCAGAGCGGUGGAUUUCAGCUGUUGUGUUAGUGGCGUUAUAUGUUGGACAAUGCUUCGCCAAUCAAGUAAGCAUAGGGGCUAUGUUUGGCGAGGAAACAGGCGAUGGAGACCGUUACAAGAACAUUAUACGAGAUGCUAUUCAAUCUAUUAACCAGAACUCCAGUUAUUUAACCGAUACGCAUCUUGCUACCAUUAGUGAACUUAAACUUACUACGGAAUAUACAUAUUCUGCUAUCCAAGACAUUUGUAAUACCAUGGUACGUGAACGGCGUCUAUCGGCCAUGAUCGUACCAGAGGAUAUCUGUAAAACUUGUCGUGAUGUUGCCGGUGUUGCAAGCCACGCCUCGAUGCCCAUAUUUGGUCUUGAUCAGGGCUCGUUAAACUCUGGUUCCCUAGCUUUUAAGAUGUACCCUGCUCCAGAGGAUAUGGGUGUGUUUCUGAUCGAGAUACUGGACUACUUCAAAUGGCGGGACUUCAUCGUGAUGUAUGAUUAUGAAGAAAUUUUCCGAAAUUUGGAGCCAGUUGUCAGUGCCGGCAAUAGGUACGACUGGAAUGUGACGUCACGUCAGCUUACAGAAGACAACUUUCCAGUGCUUGCUGAGCAGUUGAAGGAAGGACGGGUGAAGAACAUCCUCCUAUACACGCAGGACGAGACAACCACCUAUAAAAUUCUAAGAGAGGCUAUGGAACUUGGUGUUCUGAGUAGCGGUUACCAUUGGGUCCUCGCUAACGUCGGCGUCUUCAUCGAUCGAACAUUUUUGGAAGAGAUCAGUUUAAGUCAGGUUUACCUAACGAGAUUCGCUUUGAACUACACCCAAGAGCUGAACUAUGCAGUACCAACGACAAUCAACGUUCCACUUCGCGAUUGGCCAUUCAGAGAGAAGUUAGCGUUCGAUGCCGUCAUCGCCAUUGGUCACGGCAUCCGCCGUUACAGGGAAAGAGUUCAUCUACAGGAUCCUUCAAUACUCGAAAGAGAUAUUCUCCCCGGAGACAGUAUCAUGGAGGAAUGCCCCUCGGAUAAAACUCCUCCAGUACCAAGCCCACUGUACCAGGAUAUGCAGUACUUCAACUUCGAAGGUCUGUCAGGAAAUGUUGCAUUCGGUGAAAACGGCAAUCGAGUCAACUACUCUAUUAUGAUCAUCAGUGGCCAAGGGGAGACCAUUGAACAAGUGAGAGGCGAAUGGGCACAGAACAUAGAAUUCUGGGAAGAAAGAUGGAGAAGCCAGUGGAGAAGUAACUCAAGAAUGAGUGUAGAUGCUUACAGACAGGCCUCAGAGAGAAUCCUCAAGAUCGUAUCCAUAGAGGAACCACCAUUCCUACGUCUUACCCAAUAUGACAUCAAUGAUGACGACAGGCCAGAUAUCGUCGAUACUCCCAAUCAGAAUCAAAAUGCUUACGGAAACGAUCGUUUCGAGGGCUAUAUUAUGGACUUGCUCGCAGAAAUCAAAAAGGUUAUUCCUGCGGAUAAAUUCGACUAUGAAGUUGAUUUGGUAUCGGACAACAAGUACGGUUCAAGAAAUCUAUUCAGCAAUGAAUGGACUGGAAUGAUCGGAGAAAUAAUCCGAGGGAGAGCGGAUAUUGCAGCAGGACCAUUGACUAUUACAGAGGAUCGUGACAGCUUUGUAGAUUUCUCCAUUCCAUUUAUGCGUAGCGGUAUACAAAUCCUCAUCAAACACCCGAGUUACGUACACGAAUAUCCGUUUAGCAUGAUGUAUCCGUUUGGCGUUGAAGUCUGGUUCAUCAACGCAAUGGCAAUGUUCCUUUUUAGCCUCUUUAUGUUCCUCAUCAAUCGAAAAAAUCCUGCAGAGUGGAGAGCUCUUGCCGAGAACGGAGAUGUCUACGAAGAAAACGCUGACAAUUUCAGCUUCCGUAACUCCACCUGGUUUUCUGUGAGUUCAAUGUUUCUUCAAAGCUAUGACGCGUCUCCGAGAUCUCAAGCAGGUCGGGUUCUCACUGGGUUUUGGUGGAUGUUUUGUUUGAUCAUGAUCUUCUUGUACGGAUUGAAUGUCAGUCCAUAUAUGACGGCAGCAAAGAAGGCGGCUUUCAUCAGGACAGCCAAAGAUCUUCUAGAGCAGAUUGAAGUCAAUUAUGGUUGUGUUAAGGAAGGUUCCACCUAUGACUUCUUCAAGAACUCCACCGAUCCAGAUUAUCAGCGUAUCUGGGGGUACAUUUCAACAGCAUAUCCGGAUCCCUUGGUUGAUUUCGUCAGUGACGGUGUCCGUCGCGUGAGAGAGAGUAACGGUGAAUACGCAUUGCUUGCCGAGUCUGCAAUCUUGAAGUACGAGGCUUAUCGUAAACCAUGCGAUCUUCUUAUUACCGACGGAUUUAUCACCAGAAGUAUGUAUGGUUUCGCAGUCCAGGCCGGGUCACCGCUUCGUGAUCAGUUGUCGUAUGCUAUCGAAAAGCUCUUCGAAGAUGGAACAAUGGACAAACUGGAGGAUAGAUGGUUUGGUUACACGUCAGACUGUGAAAAGGAGACGCUAUGGGAGAGACAAGGCCUAUAUUCACUGACAGCCGUAGAUCUACAGGGAGUCUACUAUCUGAUGUUGAUUGGUAUUGGGUGUGCUCUCUUUGUGUAUUUCAUUGAGCUGUUAGCAUUUAUGCUGGUUCCACCAACAGAUAGGAGGGGGCAGGGCUACUAAAUACCAAAGUUUAUCACAGUCGCAUUCUCCCUCCGUUCGAAGUCUUCUGUUGUACUCUUUCUGUCUUUGGUUGUGGCUUGAGGAACUAUUCUUUUUCACUGGUGUCGAGGUUGUGUCAUUUAAAUGUUUCAGGUUUCAAGACAGAACUACCAUGACAACGACUAUUACCUGCCAGACGCAUCAAGGGGACAAACGUUUGCCUGAUUCAACGCAUGCGUAGUACAUUCCAGCUUUCCAAAGAUUUUAACUUUUGUAACUUUUAUUAAAUAUAAUAUGACGGGAAGUGCUAACGAUCUUAAAUGGUAUUGUAGGCCUAGUCUAUAGAUAGACUUAUGCUUAAAUUCAGUUGAUUGCGUAAUAUGUUUCACUAUGAAGUUAAUAACCAAUAUCUUAUGUAGCUCGCCUAUACUGCACUAUACACAUAAAACCAUACG